AUGGACCGCCAUGACGAAGCCACGGCCGAGAGCCUGGCAAUCUCACAGUGUGCCACUCAUGGUUUCUGCCCGUCUGGCGGGUGCAACCCUUUUGACGGGAAUUCCACUGCUCUGGUUAUGCCGCUGUGUCGGCCAGACCGGCUGAAGCUUGUUGCGACAGGGAGGAAACAAUUCCAGGCUAAGACGAUGCUCCAGCUGAAUGAGACCGACAAGCAGGUGGACCGAAUCGGUCAUGCUGUUUGGCAUGGGGAUGGCCCUGACCAAGGAGAAGACGCCCGGUUAGCAGAUGUCGUCCGGCCGUGCCAUACCUCGCUGGCGCUGACCAACGCUUACUUCUCAUUCGACCAGGAAUGGGCCGAAGCCCAGACCAAGCCUAGAGCUGCAAACCCCAUCAAUGCCGUGUGGCUGUACAUGCAAUGGCGCGGGGGUAAUCCCUCCGUCACAAAACAGCUGGUGAUCGAGGCCGCGAAUAGGUACGAGGCACGCUUCCGCGAGCUCUGCGAGCGGUUCCGGAGGGACAAUGCCCCCUUCGAUUUGAAGCUGGACCGGUACCUGCGGGCGCUGUCAUACGAAGAAAGCGGCAAUGGCGUUUGGAGCCUGAACUGCCCCCGCUAUCACCCCGAGUACCGCUACGAUCCGAAUGCCGGCAAUGAGGAUGCCUUGACGGCCCAGCGCAGAGGGGUAGAUCUAAGGGCGGCUACCAGAGACCACGAUGAGGAGGAGCAGAGGUGGCGGUUUGUCGCAUCAACAGCGCCUAAUCAUGGCUCGAGCGACUCGGAUGCGCACACGGCAUACUCCGACUCUCUGGCAUCGUCGGCAGUGGAAGGCAAUGAUGAGCACGAUCAAAAAAUAACAGUUGAUAUUCAAUUUCCUGUUAGAAACGUCCUGGGAGCAGAGGUGAGCAUGGAAGAAACCAAGGAGACACAUCUUAAUGCCCCAUUCGCCUACAUGAAAUCGCUCCCAUCAAAGGGAGUACGAGACCAGCUCGCCAACGCAAUCAAUCUGUGGGCCGGCCUGCCUAAAGACACGGUAGGGCAGAUCAAGGAGUUGGUCGGAGACCUGCAUACCGCGUCCCUGAUGUAUGUUACCCUUGCAUACGUCUCCGAUGGCAGGAUGAUAUCGAGGACGGCUCCGACCCGACGAGGCAAUCCCGCUGCGCACAGCGUGUUUGGCGUUGCCCAGACCAUUAACGCGACGAGCUUUGCUAUUGUUGAGGCUCUGAGGAAGAUUUACGCGUCGUUGAACAUCAUUCCCCCGGCAAACGAGAUUGCAUUUGGUGAUCUCCAAAAACAACUGCGCGAGUUGUACAUCAAGCAGAGCCACGACCUCCGCUGGACUCGCCACGCGAGGUGCCCGACCGAGGAGGAGUAUCCCGACAUGGUGUCAAAGAAAACCGGAGGACUAUAUCGCCUUCUUUCGCGACUCAUGGGAAUGGCCAAAUGCCUUAAGUUUGACCGCUGGCACGGUUACCAGACUCACAUCAGCCAUAGACGACUGGUCAAUCAGCUGGGCAUAUACUUUCAAAUCCGGGACGACUUCAAGAAGCUCAACUGUGCCGAGCACACAUCCCAGAAGGGCUUCUGCGAAGAUUUGGAGGAGGGCAAGUUCUCGUUUCCCCUGGUCCACUUCCUCACGACAGCCCCUCAACCUAAAGCGGUGCAAGUUUGCGAGGUGCUGGAGCAGUGA